AUGUCUCCUCUUCUAAGAAGCGUUAUUGAUAUCGCUGAAAUUUUCGAUCACUAUGCCUCACACAGUUGUGAUGGAGCAUCCCUAAGCAAGAAAGACCUGAAGAACCUCCUUGAAAGGGAACUUGGAACUGUCCUUCAGAGACCACAGGACCCUGAGACAGUAGACCUGACCCUAGCACUUUUGGAUCGCGACUCCAACGGGCGUGUUGAUUUCAACGAAUUCCUCCUGUUCCUUUUCAAGAUUGCUCAAGCUUGCUAUUAUGCUCUCGAUCAGACCUCAGGGCUAGAUGAGAAGAGGAACGUGUCACAAGAUCGCAGACAAGAAGACCAAAGGAGAUUCGAGCCCCAGGACGUACAACGUGACGAAGAACGAGGGCACCAAAGCAGGCAGAAGAGACAUGAGCAGGAGGAGCGCACUGAUGAGCAGAGGAAGAGGCAAGAGAGACUGGAGCAGGAAGAGCAAAGACGAGAACUGCAAGAACUGGAGGAGCGCCUUGCAGAGAAAGAGCCGCUAAGCUGGAGCCAGGGUCCUGAUGCUGAGGAGUUUUCUGAGGAAGAGAACUUGCGAGAGAGGCAAGAACUCAAGAGCAAGGACCAGACGGAAGAAAGACGGUUGCAGAAGCGCAGGCGAGAAGAGGUGAGCGACCCCCAGCUGAGGCGCGAUGCCCAGCUGAGGCGCGACCCCCAGCUGAGGCGGGAGCAGGAGCUGGUGGCUGAAGAGGAGGAGCAGACGCGGCUCCAAGAGCCUGACGACAGCUUCACCCGGAGGUGGCAGCAGCAACUCGAAAGCGAGGCAGAAGCCCGUCAGAACAAAGUUUACUCCAGGCCUCGCAGACAGGAGGCGGAAGAGCGUCAGCUGCGCGAGCAGGGGCAGCGCCGCGACCUCCGACGACAGCGCCUUGCUGAGGAGGAGCGCCUGGAGCAAGAGCAGCGGUUCCGCGAGCCUCAGCGUCAGCGAUCCCAGAGGCGCGACGGGGAGGAGCAGAGCUUCCGGGAGGAGGAGCUGCAGCGAGCGGAGCUCCAGGAUAGCCUCCUAGAGGAACGCCAGAGGCGUCGCCGGGACGCAAGCAGGAGCCGGCAAUUGCAGGAAGAAAGCCAGAGGUGCCACACGCGGUACGCCGAACCCAGCCAGAGGCAGCAGAGCGGGGAGGAGCUACGGGAGGAGCGGCUGCUGCAAGAAGAGGCGCAGCGGCGCCAGCAGCGGGACAGGAAAUACCUCCGGGAGGAGGAGCGGCUGCAGCAGCAGGAGGAGGAGCGGCUGCAGCAGGAGGAGGAGCGGCUGCAGCAGGAGGAGGAGCGGCUGCAGCAGGAGGAGGAGCGGCUGCAGCAGGAGGAGGAGCGGCUGCAGCAGUAAAGAAGGCGCCUGCAGCGGGGGAGGCAGUAUCAAGAGGAGGACCUGCAGCAGGAGGAAGAGCGGCUGCAGCAGGAGGAAGAGCUGCUGCAGCAGGAGGAGGAGCGGCUGCAGCAGGAAAGAAGGCGCCUGCAGCGGGGGAGGCAGUAUCAAGAGGAGGACCUGCAGCGGCUGCGGGAUGUAGAUCAGCGUAGGGAUCUGAAAUGGCAGUGGCAACCAGAGAAAGAAAACGAAGCUCGCAGACACAGGCUCUUCUCCAAACGCAGGCAGGAUGAAGAAAGGACCCGGCAGCUGGAAGAUUCUCUGGAGCAAGAGAGACGGUUACGUCAGGAUCGGCGGCCUCUGCGAGAAGAAGCGGGAGAGAAGAGAGAGCUGGAGCAGGAGACCAGGCGCCGACUGCAGCGCGACCGGCAGUUGCUAGAGGAAGAGCAGCUGCAGCGAGAGCACCAAAGGGAAGCCAGAAGGCGAGAUGAGAACAUCCAGGAGGAAGAGCAGCUCCUGAGAGACUCGAGAAGACGGCCCCAGGAGAGGGAUGCAAAGUUCCUUGAGGAGGAAAAGCAGCUGCGGAAAAGACGGGAAGAACACAGGCGGCGUCAAGAACAAGAGAGACAAUUCCAGGAGGAGGAGGAGCUGCGCCACCAAGAACGUGAGAAAGAACUUCGGCAGGAGCGCGGAAGAAAUUCCUGUGAGGAACAAGAGCUCCGCCAGCAGCUUGAGGCCGACCAACGUCGCCAGGAGCUGCGUGAGGAAGAGCAGCGCCGCCAGCAGCGUGACAGAAGAGUCCGCCAGGAAGAAGAGCUUCGCCAGGAGCUGCGUGAGGAAGAGCAGCGCCGCCAGCAGCGUGACAGAAGAGUCCGCCAGGAAGAAGAGCUUCGCCAGGAGCUGCGUGAGGAAGAGCAGCGCCGCCAGCAGCGUGACAGAAGAGUCCGCCAGGAAGAAGAGCUUCGCCAGGAGCUGCGUGAGGAAGAGCAGCGCCGCCAGCAGCGUGACAGAAGAUUCCGCCAGGAAGAAGAGCUUCGCCAGGAGCUGCGUGAGGAAGAGCAGCUGAGACACCAAGAGCGUGACAGAAAAUCCCGUGGGGAACGAGAGCUCCGUCAGGAACUGGAGGAGGAGCAGUUUCAGGGCAGAAAGUUCCUCCGGGAGCAAGAGCUCAGGCGCGAUAGAAAAUUCCGUGAAGCAGAGCGCCGCCAGGAGCUCGAGGAAGAGCAGCUGAGGCACCAGAAAUGUGACAGAAAAUUCCGUGAAGCAGAGCGCCGCCAGGAGCUCGAGGAAGAGCAGCUGAGGCACCAGAAAUGUGACAGAAAAUUCCGUGAAGCAGAGCGCCGCCAGGAGCUCGAGGAAGAGCAGCUGAGGCACCAGGAACGAGACAGAAAAUUGCGUGAAGCAGAGCGCCGCCAGGAGCUCGAGGAAGAGCAGCUGAGGCACCAGGAACGAGACAGAAAAUUGCGUGAAGCAGAGCGCCGCCAGGAGCUCGAGGAAGAGCAGCUGCGAGAUCGAAAAUUGAGAGCAGAGGAGCAGCUUCGCGGGGAGCGAGAGGAAGAGCGGAGGCGUGGACAGGAGUGUGACAGAAAAUUCCGCAGGGAACAAGAAUUCAGCCAGGAACUGGAGGAAGAGCAGCCAAGGGAUAGAAAGUUCCGCAGGGAACAAGAGCUCAGGCGCGACAGAAAAUUCCAUGAGGAAGAAGAGCGCCGCCAGCAACUCGAGGAAGAGCAGCUGAGACACCAGGAACGCGACAGAAAAUUCCGUGAAGCACAGCGCCGCCAGGAACGUGAUAGAAAAUUCCAUGAAGAGGAGCGCCUCCAGGAACUGGAAGAAGAGCAGCUGCGAGACCGAAAGUUGAGGGUGGAGGAGCAGCUGCGCAGGGAGCAAGAGGAAGAGCGGAGACGCGGACAGGAAUGCGAUAGAAAAUUCCGCAGGGAAAAAGAAUUCCGCCAGGAACUGGAGGAAGAGCAGCCAAGGGAUAGAAAGUUCCGCAGGGAACAAGAGCUCAGGCGCGACAGAAAAUUCCAUGAAGAAGAGCGCCUCCAGGAAUUGGAGGAAGAGCAACUGAGACGCCAGGAACGUGGCAGAAAAUUCCUUGAGGAAGAAGAGCGCCGUCAGGAGCGCGACCGAAGAUUCCGCGGAGAACCAGAACUCCGGAAAGAACGUGAGGGGCAGCAGCGGCGCCUCCAGGAACUCGAGGAAGAACAGCUUCGCUUUGAGGAACAGAAGCGUCGCCACCAGGAACUAGAGCAACAGCUUCGCCAAGAGCGUGACAGGAAAUUCCGGGAGGAGAAGCAGCUGCGCCAGGAACGUGAGGAACUGCAGUUGCGGAGGCAGAAACGGGAUGGUCAGUACCCAGCUGAAGAGCAGUUUGCCAGGGAUAAGAUUCGUCGUCAGGAACAAGAACAACGCCAAGAAGAGGAACAAAAACGUCGCCAAGAGCUGGAGAGAAAAUUCCAAGAAGAGCAGAUCCGUAGGCAGGCGGAGCAGAGGCGCCGCCAAAUCCUGGAGUCUGGCACACGCCAGUUUGCCAAUGUCCCAGUGCGUUCCAGCCCGCUCUAUGAAUACAUCCAAGAGCAGAGGUCUCAGUACCGCCCUUAAAGGAUGCCGCGAAAGUCCCUGCACCAGCUAAAAAAAAAAAAAAAUUUUUUUUUUCUUUUUCAAGCAAAGGAAGAUGAGAAACACUGGGCAUCCAAUGAUAGCUCACGUGUUUCUGGUUGUGGGAAAACUCUCUGGUCUUAGAAUGUCUUUUUCAGAAUCUUAAACUAUACCUGUUUCAUUUCUUUCUAUUUCUGUCUUUCAUUCUGCCUCGGGUAGUUCUUUAUUGCAAGAUGUCUUUGUUCUUUAGUGCAGACUUUUAAAAAGAAGUCAUUUAAGUUUUCAAAGGAAUUUUGUUUGAGGAGCACAUUGAUUUAUUCCCUUCAUAAAUAACAAGAAUAAUGUAGCAAUUUGAUAUUCAAAGUAAUUGAGCCACUGUUUUUAGUGGAUCAUCUUGUUGGGAGCUCUUAUUUUGUAAGUUUAAGUUGACAUCUUCUUUGGCCUAAAUUUCAUUUGGAGGCAACCAAACAAUUUUCUUAAUCUCUGUUGCAUAAUUUUGACAGCCCUUAAUCUAAGGAGUUGAUUUAUGCAGAAAAAUGCCAUGUGAAAUGAGUUCAUAACUGAACUCUUAAGAGAAAGACUUGGACAGAAAAUGAGUUUUGGGCAUCAUAUUUUUAUAGUUAGUACCACUUAAAAUUUCGUGAAGCAAAAGCAAGGUGUUUCUCAAACAACUCAAAUUUAAAACUGCCUUUAUUUGUAGAGCUCUGUUCCAUUUCUCCAAGUUUUGUUGGGUUUGAGAAUGUUACUUUUGUACAUUUUGCUUUAGAGAGAACCUACUCAAGAUCCUGUAAACAUCUGUCUUGUUUGGGUCCAGCAAGAGUUCACAGAGUGAUGGAAAAAGGAACGGGGGAAAAUGUAUGGACAGAGGCCAAAUUUCUAGAGGUCUCUUGACUAGAUUUAGCAGCCCACAAUCAUUUGAGGCUCUAUAGUACCUUAAAGACAUUCUUGUUGAAAACAAUUGGACUGUAAAAUUUUCAAUAAAUGUUUGGCAAAUAAUUAUCUUUGUCUGUUUUAAUUAUCUAUCAUAACUCAUAUCUAAUCUGGAAAUGUAUCCAUUUCCAAUCACAUAGUAUUUUUAAUAUCAGCUA